GAGCCAGAGGAAGGGAAACUAUUAUUAUUAAAGUAGAUAAGAACAGAAGUCAAUAAUGCCUGCUGAAAAGCGGAAAGUGAGCUCCAAAAAGCAACAAGACCCAAAGGGAAAAAAGAAAAAUGAUUCGAAUGACAAAAAUUUGAAUCCUGAUGUGGAUGCGCACGGAGAAUUACAAGAUAAAAGGAAUGAUCCUCCAUCCAAGUACAGGUCUACUGGUCGUAGGAUUCUCAUCAGGCUCUCAACCAUUGCGGCGCUUCUGGUAGGGGCUCAUCUUUACUUUGGCCAAGAUCAGAGCACCUUGAAACCAUUUGCCAAGCAGACCGAGACUCUACCUGCUAAAUUCAUCUACGUCAAGUGUUCAGACGAUUUUGAGGCAGACAGGACAAGUUUUCCAGAAUGUGCUCCAAAGGUAUGUGGGCGAGGUGUCAUGGAUACUAUUGUUUCAGAAAAAGAAGCUAGACAGUUAGUAGAAGUUGCUAAGAAAGGAUUAUCAUAUGGAGGGUCUAAUGGAGGGGCAUCUAUUCUUGACCUUCAUUCCGGUGCCUUAUCAAAAGGAGAUUCUUUUAUCAAUAUCUAUCAAUACCUUGAACACAACAAUCUAGGAAAUGUUUUUAGUUCUGAGGAUAUCAAGCUAUACAGGAAAGUAGCAGAUACGAUCAAAAGGGCCAUAGCAGCUCGGUUCCAGAUCCCUGCUCAGAAACUCUACCUGACCCAUCCAACAUUCUUCUCAAGGAUGAACAACAAGAAAGCUAAAACAAUACAUGAUGAAUACUGGCAUUCACAUGUUGAUAAGAAAACAUAUGAGACAUUUGACUACACAUCUUUGCUCUAUCUGACCAACUAUGGAGUAGAUUUUAAAGGAGGACGCUUUGUCUUCAUUGAUGAAAAAGCAAAUUCAACGGUAGAACCAAAAUUAGGUCGCUUGUCAUUCUUUACCUCUGGCUCUGAGAACACCCAUUUUGUGGAGAAAGUCUCAAGUGGAACCCGAUACGCCAUCACCGUCUCUUUUACCUGUGACAAGAAACAUGCCAUCCAGUAUCCUAAAAUGGGCAGCUAACAUAUAAUCACCUGAUCAGUCAUGUGACCAAGCAUCUCAAAGCGAGCAAUAAAUCACCAGGAGAUACAUUGCCUUCACUAAUGAAUUGACUAUGACAAGCCAUGUGAGAUUUUGAAUUGUAUUCAAUCACAUCAGUAAAAAAUAAUGAAUUCAUUCACAUCACCAAAAAGUGAAUGAAUUGACUGGUAGGCCAAGUGGGUUUAAACAUUUUUUUUUCAAUCACAGCAAUAAUAAAAUAUUUGGAUGUAGAAUUCAAAUUUUUUUGCCACAGUUUGAUCGCAGUAACACUCAGUAUAAAGAACUAAGCACUUCAUAAUCCAAUCAUUUAUAAAUUACUAAUAGCCAUGUGAAUGACUUCCUUGGGGCACUUGCAGCUGGCUAUUAAAUUAAUAAUUUACCAAGGGGGUGUUUCUUAUUAAAUCUUUUUGUGAAGUUAUAAAUGGUUUUAUUAAAACUUGGAGUAUGGAGCACUAAAUUUGAUUCCGUAAAUAAUUGCUGAAAUAACAAAAAAAUGGUAUUUCUGAUAAUCUAGAUUAGAUUGGGUAAAAAUGUACUUUCGUUAAAAAAAUGUUUAAUAUAGUGGCAUUCCAGGUGAUUAUUGAAGUGACACGUUUAAAAUGAUUUGAAGUGUUUGUGGCUCACCAUAAUUUAUUGGGACAAAAUGCCAUGUGUAGCUUAGGCCUUUCCCUGCUUCAAAUAUCAAAAUGCUGUCUAGGGGUGACUCCUCUAUACAUAAUUGCAUUUAUCCAUUCCAAACUAUGCUGAGUGUCCAAGGCAGAGGGUCCUAGAGUGUAGGGCCAUUGGUAUGAUUUAGAAAGAAAUCAAACAAAUGACUUUGUCUUAAAUCAGGUGAUUUAGCCACUGAGCAAACAAGUCUAGCCAGAUUACUUCAUCUGAACGGAACCUAGAUGACCAGGUAACAAUAAAUAUGUAGACAACAUAGGCAAAAUACCAUUUACCUUGAUAUAUAAGUCUCCAUUUUCUGUUUAAUAAAUUAAAAGCAAGUUUUAUGCACGAUAUUUCAAUUUAAAGGUGAUGCUCAUUUUUUUGAUGAAUUUUUGGUUUAUUAAUAUUUCUGUUAUAUUUUGAUAGUUAAUUGCCCCAUGUUCAUGAUUUCUUUGAAAUGUUGUGAUAUUGCCUAAUUGUUACUAUCCCUUCUUUUCAUCCAUCCUAUUUAUUGAUUUCUGUCAUUCUGAGGGGCUGUGUAAGGUCAACAAUGUUUUGGUCAGUUACAGUGCAUAACAGUAUUAUGUCCUCUGGGGAAAAAUAGACAAUUGGACAUUUUGUAAUCAGAUAUUUCAGUAAGGAACUUUGGAUAGCUUUUUUAUCCAUGAUUACUUUGAAUAGAUUUUUUUUUAUCCAUGAUUGAUGGUGUGAUUAAUUCCCCCAAAAUGUAUGUUAUAGGUAUCAUCUAUCUGGUGACAAUAUUUGCUCCCGCUAUAUUUACUCAGGUCAUAUCUGAGAGUAUAGGGUUUAGAGUAAAUUAGGAUUGUAAUAGAGUUUUUGGUUCAGAAUAAUGUGAAGAUAAGGAUUCAAGUUUAUUUAGUUUUGGAGGUUAGUUUUUAGAUAUGGCUUGUCGCUGGAGCAAAUGUCAUGGAACCCUCUAAAUAUCCUCUAUUCCAUUUUGCACUAUUAUUAACCCAGGCUUCAGCUGGAGUGUUCAGUGCAUUCAUUAAAUCACUAUCAUUGAACUUUCUGCUAACCUCUUGAUGAGUUGAAUUAGUGGCUAGUAUUUGAAACAGUAAAAACAGUUGACAGAUGGCUUGGAAACUGAUCUUGUCUGCCAGCAUAGUGUCAAUGUGAAAUGACGUCAUUAUCUUUCUGUGCCUUACGUAAAGCUGUUGCAUGUUUUGAUUUGAUAUUGAGUACCAUUUUUUGAUUGCAGAAUAACGAUCAUAAAAUGAAUUUAAACAGAACUCAACAAAGUACCAGCAGCUGUGCUUCUAUGCUUGAAUAAGAAAAUAUGUGCCAAAUAAAUCGGAGGAAAUUAUUUGCUGAGAAACAAGCAAACUAAGCUUGGCAUUCUUGUCAGGUUGAAUAGUUGUUUUUCGAAGUAGUUGUGAUACUCUUGAACAUGAUUGUGUGCUAAUCCAUAUUCAUGAUUUCCAGCGUACCUGGGUUUCAGACUAGACUCCCAUUAUUAGUUCUGUAUUUUAACAAAGCCUUUCUCUCAAAAUCAUCAUUCCCUGAGAGUACUCAUAUUUACCUAUGAAAGUUAAGAUUGGUUGUGAGGAAGUGGAUUAUACAGCUCUUUUAUAAAUUUUCCAUUGACUUUUAUGAUGUACAACAUUGUAUUCCCUUAUAUGGACAAUCUGGGAUAGUGAGAGAAGUAAAGAAAGUAAAACUUUUUAAAAUAUACAUGUAUAUUUAAUGGUGUAAGUAUAUUUGUCUUUUCCCUUAUAAAAUGUAAUCUUGGGAAAUAUGUUUAUUUUAACAUUGAGACAUUGAGAAGUCCUUUACUAGGCCGUGUACUUUUUAAAAGAAAUUGAAAAAUGUUGUAAUUUCAUGAAAUAGAAGAUUUCAUACAGUGUACCAUGUUGGUUUCGAACUAAAUUGACCAAUCACAAACAUGGAGAAAAAAUACAUCUUUAUAAUUGUGUAUGUAUAGGUAUAAUUGACAUUUAUUGAUCUACACUUGUUUUGCCAUUGAAUUGUGGAUGAUAGUACUAUCCAUCUUUUUUCUGUUUGUCAUGCAAAUAUUAUUGUGCAAUACAUGCAAUCGCUAAGGGUCGAAUAUGACAUACAUUGUUAAUGUGUAUUGAUUUGACUAGCCAAAGACAUGAUGAAAGGAAAAGUCCACCCCAACAUAAAGUUGAUUUGAAUAAAAAGAGAAAAAUCCAACAAGCAUAACACAGA